ACAGCGUAGAUGCAGGGUGGAGACCCGAAUCCUGAAGCAGUGGACCGUGAAUGCGAUACCAGGCUUGCCGUGCCUCGGUAUGGGGGUGGGUGCCGUCAAACAACCGUUCGUCGACUAUUCCCCUCGUGGCACGGUAUCGUGCAGGUAUCCGGUUGCAACUUUAAUUAAUUCUCCAUUGGAUCGAAAUGAUUGCAACAGCUAUCAUUUUGUACAGAGCUUCCCAUCACAGCCAGGCUUCCUAUAACAGCCUCCACAAAGAAUACGAUGCGAUUACGAGCAAGCAUUUAUAAACAAGUCGCGUAACGCCGCCGCUUUGAACAGAAAGAUACACGUUAUGUAUUGUUUAAAGAAGGAAGUCCUAUUGUUUUUCAAAGGAAAAAUUGGAGGAAGCCUCGGCAGGUACGUUGCAGUGUGAAUGAAGCUUUAGAAAUCCAUCUAACGCAAGAUCGUGCCUCUUAUCCGUACAGACUAUCAGCGGUGCCUUUUUAUCCUUGGCUUAAUUAAAAGAUGAUUACCUAAUGACGGUCAUCGAUACUCACAGCCGCUAACGAGCCACGCUGUCGCCGUUCGACAUCUAUAUAGCGAGCUAUAAUUUGAAGAUUUCUAUCUAAAGGCCCGCACCGUUCCUGGCUAUGGGAUUUCUUGAAAAUGAGCGCAUCGGGUAUGCGUGUUCGAGGGCUGAAACCUUCCAAGCAAUUAGCUGUUACGGAAGAAAAAAACUGGCCAACUAGCGAGACGACAGGACGAUGGGGUUGCAUCUGAAGCGUAACAUUAAAAAAAGUAUGAUCCCUGACGAAAGGGCGAAAUGUUUUCUCGUCCGUAUAUCGCGAUCAGCCGUUUCCACGCGAUAGAUCACGAGUCACGUGCCGCUAGCUCCAGGCCGGCUCAUCGAUCACGAUUAGUCCUAGGACCUGCCAGAAGUUCAUCGAUUUUCGAGCCACCCCGAAAAUCAACUCGCGUUCAACGACAAUUCAUCCGUUUAUCGCCGGAGAGAAUGGUGCAUCCUGGUUCGCUAAUGUCCUACACGAAAAAAUGAAAAAAAAUGACAGUUGAAAAAUCAUCCUGGUUCAAGGAACGGAGCUGAUUUUUCGACAACUUUUUAUAAGAAAAAUUGCAAAUGACGACAAGCGCUAGACUCCACGUUGGAUUCUUUGGAAGAGCAAUGGAAACGAAUACAAUCGUUUGAUCUUCAAUCCGUGUCUUCGAUUCGUGGAUGCAACGCAUAUUUGAGUUCCCAAAAGGCCGAUGCAAUAACAUCGAAACGAAUACACACGGAACAUUCUUUGUUCCCCCUUCGUAUAAAAUUCUCGUUGUCCCCGGGGUUACUUUGGCGAACAGUUCGUCGUUCACUUUGGGAUCUAUACACUUGGGAGUUUCGCGUUAUGUUUUCGAUCCUCGCCCAACGGAAGCGUCGGCUUCCUUUUGAUCCAUCGCACGCCAAGCGCUCCAGCUUUUAAGCUCGUAAAAGUGACGAGCAGAUGGUUAUACGAUAACGAUAAUUCGACGCAGUGGGCCUUUCGCGCGUGCAUACCAAAACAUAAAUCUUAAUUGAAAAUUAUCAGAUAAUAAGGAGAAAGCUUUAAAUUGCUUCCUGGAUCAAUCAAACGCAUUAAACAGUACACUUGGAAGAGGAGAUUUUCUUGAAAACCGUUACAAACGGUCAAUUGUGUUUAAGGCUGAAACAGUUGACCGUUCAACGUGAAAGUAACAGAGGUCCCAGAACGGAGAGCAGCGUAGACUUCCCUUCGAAUCGAUCGAGAAUUAAUCCGACUAGCUAUCGCGUCUCGCAAACGUCACUCUAUUGUCUCAUUGUCCAUUGGAGUGAGAGAUAGCCGAAGGAGCAGCGGAGAAGGAGAGAUGACUUUCCUUCGUUCCUAUCUUGCCUCCUUUUCAGAUCGUCUCGAUCCUAUUGGUGGCCAGGGGGAUUCUCUUCUUCUAUGGCCAACUAAUGCCACCAGACGAAAAGAAUCGAGGCUAUGACCUGUAUCCAGACUCAAUUCCUCGAUCGCUUUUCUUUUCUUUUCUAUUAUUUAUUCGUUCGCUCUAUUAAUUAAAACGCGAACGAUUUAUUUCUUUAGUUUGAUAAUCGUCAACUUGUAACUACCUGCUGCAUCUGAUUCUGUUUCUUUUUCUAUACAGGGUGUUUUGUUUUGUUUCAAUAUCCCACCUCGUUUGAUAAAAAAUUCUGCUUCUUUUAAACACCCUGGGCCACCGCGGUGACCUACUUGUCAAAGAACCUGUGAAGAUAGUAACACUUUGACGACCCGUGUCAGGUGAAAGAUAACCGCGAUUUUCCCCUAAAGUCUACGUUAUUAGUUCUUGAUCGAGUCGAUGGAGUCGUUAUCGGUGGGGCAUUAAGAGGACAAAGAACAGAGCACAGAUAUAUCGCGUCUCGUUGCCGAUGAUCAGGGUACACGUAAGAGAUUCCUCGGGUGUAUCUGCUUUACUGAAAAAGGGCGUCAUGCAUGGCUCGCACCAGGGUGUCAUCUGCACCCUCUACUACCAGCCCUUGUCGACGAUCUUCACGGUCAAUAUAACGGACGUCGUAAAAUCAAUUAGCGGCGAAUUGUGCCGCAGCCCGGAUCGUGUACAACGAUCGAUCCACGAUGCAUGAUUCGUCGAAGAGGAGAAGCAUGCAUCAUCCAGAAAUUUCAUCCCCCUACGAGGAGAGUUACGUGGAAGGAAAGAAAAGGUUCCUCUACUUCUACCUACAACUUUCAGCCUACAAUUCGGUGGCUAGGAACGAGCUUACACCCUUUCGCGCGGUCGGCUCAACCACUCGUGGCCCGACCAACCUCUACCGAGUGCCAAGUGUGGCGGGAAUUAUGCAAUUAUUGCAUUGCGCCCGACAAUUGUCGCGGAAAACGGCGGCUGCCUGAAUGGCCUGAGUGUCUCGGGGAAAGGGGGAGGGCGAGAAGCAGGGAUUUCCUCGUCGAUUUACUACCGUGUACCUCGUGGAGAGUUCGUAGAAGUUUGAUCCAUAAAAAAAGGAAUCGAGUCUGCCACUGUUAAUAAAGAUGCCAAUCUAUGCUUUCUGAUGAAUGCGGGUAUAAUAUAGAUUAGCCGAACAAAUAUACAGACCCAGCUGAACGUGGCCAUUUAGACCAUUCUUACUUGCUUCUUAAUGAACUGGAGUGUUCGAUAAGGUCUGGUAAACGGAUAAGAAAAUGAAAAGUCCAAUUAAGAGCCACUGAUUUAUGAACUUCUGAUUUGAAUAUAUAAGCCUGGACAAGCAGUCACAAUAUUCAACUGUCGAUAUUGGAUACCUGAAAUUUAAUUACCCCUCAAGAAAAUAAACGAUGAAGAAGUUCAUAUGCAGCUGGGUCGAUUGAAAAUCAUGGGAUCUAUAAAUUUUAUGGUUGGAUGAGGAACUCUUUUUCUAAAGACCCUUCUUCAUUCUCAUUACCUCUUUGAAACUGAUGAUGAUGACGAUUGAAAUAGUUACAUAAAUAAUAGCGUGCAUAUAUUUAACCAGGAAGCCGUCCGCAAAGGGCUAAAAAGUCUAUUCGAAAAAGAAGAAUGUCUACGUGAAUACGAAGCAGCCAGAAUGACCAUGCCAGGAACUAUAACAACGAGACGAUUCGCAAAUAAAGUGGACCUGAACGAAAUCUGCAAACACGAGCGAGGCAAACGGGUCGCUCCAUUAAUAUUCCUGCAGCAGGAUUCGAGCAAGGAACGUACGGUUCGUCGAGUCUAUCUCUCUCUCUCUCUUUGGUCGAAGCUAUAAAAAUUAAUUAGCUCUUGAAAGGAGAGGUCGACCGGUGUCUAGAAGCUUGUACGAGUGAGAGACCAACCUCAGGCGACGAGUAGAAAUAAUCAUGGACCGAAUCGAGCGGAGGUUCCAGUUAGCUGCCUCUUGUCAUGGAUCUUCCAAUGGAUGAUAGAUACCGUACCCUUCGAACUGCUUUCGAUGCACAACCUUCCCUCCCGGACGUUGCUACAAGGAAAACUGUAGCAAUCCAGUUCGAUUCGAAAAUGAAAGAGGAGCCUCUCUGAUUCGAAGCAGUAUUAUACAGGACGAAGGGAAAUUCGAUUAUGGCCAGUAUCCACAAAUUGCCUUCUAGUUAGCCGGAGUAUCUUGCGGUCGAACUAUCGCGAGAUAAUUACACUUCAGCCGCUAUAAUAGCAAGUUAGUUAUAGACCCGGGGAUCUUGGUCGGGAACUACGAGACGGUUGAUCGAGCACAUUCACGCCGAGCACCAGCCAAGUCCUAAUGUCACCGUUUUCUUCUGGUAAAGGCAAACUUUGCCUCGUCGAAUGUUUGAGGAAGCCCGUGUCAUCGGAGCUAAUGUUAAACCUGCUUCUGCUGCUUCUUUAUUUGUCUUUCCAUGGAUCCUUCUUCUCGGCUAAGUUAUUUUGAAAGCUUGGGCUACAUCGAUUAAAGGUAAUAGAUACUUCUUCCAAAGUUUCCCAAGAUUUGAAAGGUGUCUGCAAAAGUUAACCCAGUGAAGGUUCGGGUUGUGUGCACUGGCGUCCAGCACGAGAGCUCUUCACCAUCGGAACAAUAAAACCAUUCGUGAGAGAGUGAAACACCUCUGGAAACCGUUCUUCAGGUCCAGGAAUACAGUUUGAAAAUGAUAAAAAGGUCACCUGUUAAGAAUGGUUAUAAAACAAAAGGUAACCAACGGCGCCUGAAAAGAGGCAGCAAUAAAAGAUGAAUGACUACCCCAUCGUAAACACUCGAAGGAGCUUAUAACUCAGGUGGAGGGACUCACAAGCGAAACGCAUUAAUAGCACCGAAAGGUGGGGGAGAAAAAGGAAAAGGGGUACCAGCUAGUCGGACGAUUUGAAGAUUUAUGCUCAUCCAUCGGCAGGUCUUGAGUGGCUCCUCGAGGAACGAGAUCACCCGCCACGGAAAUUAAUUGGCGGGACGAAGAAGUGGCAGUGAAAAGCCGUCACUGGUUUCCACCCAUUGUACUCCUUGUGGUUAUGACUCGCUGGUGCCGUAGGACAGGCUCGAGAAAGAGAAAAAAAGAGAAAGAGAGGGACUUGGUCGAGGUGAGAGUCCGUAAGUGAGUAGGUAGUUCUUGGGGCACUCGAUUGUUCGACCCUCGAGGGGGUUCGUAGACGAAACCACCGUCUCUGUAUGCACGUUUCUGAGUGCUAUAAAGAAGUUCUGAACGAAAGUCAUCCCCCUACUGAUGCCAAACUGCCUCGUAAAAUUCGUUUCGCAACCGUGCCUGCUUCUGUUUCGGCAUCCUUUGAACGAAGAUCACGAUUGGAAACCUGAGGAAGAUGAUUUUUUUAAGCAAUCUUUUUUAACACCUUUCGUGUGUUAUAUAAGUAAGAAAGCGUAGAAUUUCUAUCCAAAGUCUAGCCGGUGGAAAAAAAUUGAAAAGCCGCGCUAAUUCACUCGACAAUGCCUCCGCUGCACGUUGGAACGAAAGUUUAUCACGGGACUCUCGCGAGAAACGACCUUUGGCUGGUCGCCAAUCGCGGCACGAUCUUCCGGGGGCUCAUGGCCAAUGACGAGGACCACUCUUGUCGCACGGACUUGCAUAAUUUAUUAUCGACGAACUUUUCGCCGAUUUCAAACGUCGAAUGCCUGCGCUCGGUAACGAAAAAUUCGCAGACUGGCCGACGAUUAAACGCUGACCUUGCUAGUUCCGUUUGCUUACGUAGAGCGUCAUUCGAUCAUCGGACGAUUCUUCAACCUGUCAUUGCACUUGACUCAGUCGAAUUUAUGAUUUUAAGAUCUUAAGCAAUUCAAGUAAUUCAAUUCGGCGAUCACGUUAUCAGUAAUCCACACCGAUCCACCAGGUUCGUCGUGGUAGCAAUAGUUCGCGGACCAUUCGCGAUCCGCGAGAUGGAAGAGAGACGAGGGUACCGUGGUUGUUCGCCCUCGAAACGAGACGUUGGUGACGCACAGUGAUGGAUGCACCGGCAUUUACCAAAGUCGUUCGCGACUCUCGCUCGAGUCGCCUAGACGAUAGAAGGAUCAGGGUGUAAAAAAACAGCGAGGGAGGAAGGACAAAAGAAAGAGAAACGCGAGGGAGGCGGAGGCGAGAUCCAAAGACGACCAGAGGGGAAGAGAAAGAGGGUAAAAAGUGGUACUCGAUAGGAAGUGUUAAGAGGAACCGUGAUUCAUUGAACAUGAACGAAUGUGCAUUUUUUGAAGAGUUGAGUCACGGUUCACGGAAGUGCACGAUUUAUGGAAGAGUUUGAACGCUCAGGAUUUUUUGGAUCAUUCGUUGCUGAACCGUGCAGAUGAGGGUGCUACAAAGAGAAAGAAGACGAAUCGUUUGGAUCCGGUACUCGAUGCUGCUGGCAUUAGGGUUGCUCCUGGUGCUGUCGGAUGCCAGAGCUCUUCAUCAACAAUCGAACGUCCUCCAGUUCUCAAACUCCUCCUUAGAAAUCAGCAGGACCUCUAAUCGUGGCAUCUCGGUCACCAGGAUCUUAAAGGACGGUGAACUCGAACGGAUCGUUCGUUUUCCGGGAAUCUGCGCCAAGGAAACCAUCGUCGAUUGGGGAGGCACGGAUGUGGCGUUAAGGCAAGUCUGGCUGCAGGAGACAGGCAGAAGAUUGCAACUGAUAUACGAGGCUGGUGGUUUGACCGAUUGUCUCGAUGAAAAGCUUGAAGACGACGAUGACCAGGAAUCCUGCUCGUCGAGUGUGUACUCCGAUGACUACGACGAUGAUACGUCCGUUGAGAUGUUCGAUGUAGACGAGGAGAAUCCUUCCAGGAUCCCGCAUAGUCUCUCCUGGCUAUCCUCCACGUCUGAACUACGUCAUCGGUGCUCGCAUGUGAGGAUCAGGACGAGGAAUCAACUCAUUGCUCAGCACCGUCGCAGGAAGUUUGUGAAGCUGUUGAAUGGAACAACCAGCAACCACAGACAGAGAAGGGGCAAGAGUCGUUCACGAAGAGAUCUGCUGAUGAUCCCAGGGACGCAAUGGUGCGGACGUGGUCAUCGUGCCACGAAAUACACGAAUCUAGGAGGUUUCGGCAGAGCAGAUGCCUGCUGUCGUAGACACGACACUGCGUGCCCUUUCUUCAUACCAGCUUUCGAAACGCGUUACGGUCUCUUCAAUUGGGGUAUCUCCAGCAUGAUGCACUGUGCCUGCGAUGAACGAUUUCGAACGUGUCUAAAGAUGGCUGGUACGUCAUCGGCUAAUUUCAUCGGUAAAAUCUUCUUCGACGUGUUGAAGACAAAGUGCUUCAUCCUGAAGCCGCAGAAGACGUGCACAAAAUGGUCCUGGAUGGGUAAAUGCCAGCAUCACGAGUAUAGAAAACAGGCUCACAUUCGCGACAAUGUUCCUUAUUAACGCGUUGCCUGCUACGCUAGAUUCGCCGAAAAUCGUUCCAAGGAGUAAUUUUAUUUUGAAAAGCUCCAGUCUAUUUACUGUAACUAGUUCUAUCUAAUGGACGUACUUUCAAAUAUUUAGAAAAGUUAUUUAUAUUGUAUUUGGGUAAGAUCAUUUCCCAUCAAAUGGGUGAUAGAUCCCUGUGGAAAUUCAUGCGUAUGGCAGUCAACGUGCUACUAAACCGUGAAGAACUGUAACGAGAUAGCCGAAUAUCCUUCUUCUAGAGAUGUCAAUACCAAUUCUCAGGGAUGUAAUAGUUUAUCGAAGACGAAACGAUCAUCCUGCUGCAUCGUCUGAUCCCACGAAUGACAAUACAUAAAUCAUGAAAAGACAACUUCGUAAUCGUUAGAGUAGAAUGUUAAUUCGAUUUCAUUUUAUUCAUCAGUCGUAAGAGUUCUCAUAGAUUCAUCUUUGUACGAUUCUAAUCUAUAGUACAUUGAUAAGAUAUUAAAGGAAAUACAAUGAAAUCGUUCGAAAUAGACAGGGUAUAAUUUCUAUUAUAUAUAAAUACGCUAAUUGUGUAGUCAUCGUCCUAAAAGAUGCCAAAUAAAUUAUUCUGUAGAUAAAUUAUGGUGAAAUUUGUACAUAUCGAGUAGUUAUAAUUUUUCAAGCAUGAGAAAAUUAGACAGGAUCAACGCUAGCUUAGUUGAACCAAGGGUAAUCGUUAAGAAAUGAACACGAGACAAUUUUUCGUCUAGAAACUGUACGUGAUUUAUCGUUCAUUUUUACUCAAAUUUAUUUCAUGCUAACUGUGUUCGUCCACGUAUUCGGUAUGUUUGUAUUUAUGUAUGAAUGAGGUACAUUCUUAGAAUAUGUAAAAUGCUGGUGACUAAGUAGAUAAGAUAUUGUAACAAAAUCAUAUGGCUGAAACGUGAUAUUUCAGAAACUUAUGGAUAGAUACAAAACAAUAUCUUAAAAAAUAUCAUAACUCGUAUAUUAUCGUAGUAAGUUUGUUUGUACGUAUUAUUGCAUUAUAAACUUAUGUGUACAUUGUAUAAAUGGAAAUAACACACGCACACAAUUUGCAAACUAUCAAAAAACUAACUAAUAG